AUUUUUAUAAUAAUGAAACAACUAUUGUAUUUGAAUAUAAUUUAAAUGAUGAAUAUUUUACAAAAUGGUUUUAUUUUGAUAAUAAUUAUUUUGCCAUAUUCUCAUGUUUUGACAAUUCAACAAAUAGAAUUUGUGAAUUUUUACCAAGUAUUUCAGAUAUGGAUAAAUUAUAUAGUAAUAAAAUUUUUUAUUGUUCGAUUAAUCCAUCAUCAUCAUCAGUAGAGGAAUGUAAUAAUAGUAUUUUAAAACCAUCAUUUUAUCCAACACCAAUUAUAUCGAAAGAUUUUAAACCUCCAACAAAAGGUGGUCAAGUAGUUAUUAAAGGAUCAUUUUUAAUAAGCAGUGGUCACAAAUUUCCAACACAAUAUGGUGAUGUUAAAGUUGAAAUUCCAAAUUCAGGUUUAAUAAAUCCAACAAACAUUACAAUUAAAUCAUUUCCAUUUGGAUGUGGUGAACAAACAAUUCGAUAUUAUAAUAAUAAAUUAUUUAAAUUUCAAUAUUCAAAUCCAAUCCUAUAUUCAAUAUCAAUUGAAAAAAUAAAUGAAUAUUCAAAAAUUAAAUUAAUUAUUAAUGGUGAUAAUUUUUGUACAAUUAGUGAUAAUGUUUCAUUGUCAAUUGGAAAAUUAAAUGGAUUACAAUUUAAUUGGGAAAAUAAUAAUAAUAAUAAUAUAAUUUCAAUUGAAUAUGAUCAAAUUUAUUCUGGAUUAUAUAAUGUAUCAUUAAAUGCAAAUGGAUUAAUUUCAAAUAAUUUAUUAUUAACGUUUAAUCCAGAAAUUAAAAGUGUAACAUCCGUUCCAAAAUCAUUAGGAGGUAUUAUUACAAUUAGAGGUAAUAGAUUAAUAUCAGAAAAUGGUAUGAAUGAUACUAUUGUAUCAUUUGUUGGUAAUCGAGAAUUUGAUUGUUUAAUGAUUUCAAAUUCUGAAUCCAUUAUUGAAUGUAAUCUUCUAAAAGUUGUUUUAUUAUUUUACGCAUAUUUUAAUAUAAAUUUAAUAGUUGGUGGUCAAAAACAAUUAGAUGGAACAAUUAAAUUUGAGUUUGAUAAACCAUAUAUUAGUGGUAAAUCAUUAACAGGAAUGAAUUUAACAUUAUUUGGUGAAAUGUUUAUGAAUCCCCAUGUUUUUAUAAAUGGUAUUGAAUUAAAUAAUAAUUUAACUAUCUCUUUUAGUUCAACAGAAUUUAAGUUCACAUUACCAAAUGAUUUUAAAAAAGGAUCGAUAUUUCUUCGAAAUUCUAAAAAUGCUGCAGAUUCAAAUACAAUAAUAUUUGAAAAAUCAUUUAAUAUUGAAUCAAUUGGAUACUCAACAACUAGAGGUCAAUUAUUAUCAUUUCAAUUUAACAAUAUUUUAAAUGAAAAUUUAAAUUUAAUACCAACUUUAACCUAUAAUUCAAGUCAAUUAAUUUUUAAUGAACCAUUAUCAACAAUAUUUAAUAAAACAAAUGGUGAUUUUAAAUUUGAAGUACCAAUGGGUUGUGGUUCAAAUAGUCCAAUUCAAGGUAUAAUUGGUAAUCAAAUUGCAAAUUCAACAUUUUCAUAUUUUGAACCAAUUAUUUUAAGAUGUCUAACUGAUGAUUUUUUAAUAAUUUGUUAUGGUUUUAAUUUUGGUAGUUUAUCAAUGAUCAAUAGUGAUGAUAGUGAUAAUAAUAAUAAUAAUAAUAAUAAUAAUAUUAAAAUUAAUUUUUUAAAUCAAAUCUAUACAAAUAAUAAUAUUAGUAAAUUAGAUCAUGAAAAAUUUGUUAUACCAUUAAAAUCAAAUAAUCUUUAUAAUGGUAAUAUUUCAAUCACUGUUUGUGGUUUAACUUCAAAUUAUUAUCAACUUUAUUUUAAAUCAUCAAUUAAAAAUGAAGCUCGAUUAUUUAACCAAUAUUUUAAAUCAAAUGGUGGUGAUUUAAUAAUUAAUGGUCAUAACUUCAUUUAUAAUAAAAGUAAUUUCACAUAUUUACUUUGUGAUGAUGAUGAUGAAUAUUAUAAUCAAAUUAAAUAUAAUUGUAAUUUUAUAGAUAAUACAUUUUAUAAUUGUCCAAUUAAUAUUAUUGGGCCAUUUGAUAGAAAAUGUAUAUUAAAUUUCCAAAAUGAAAAAAUGUUUAAUAUAAAAAUCAAUUAUUUAUCACCAACAGUUAAUAAUGUUAUUUUAAAUAAUUUAACAAUUACUGGUGGUUUAAUAACUAUAAAUGGAAGUGAUUUUUAUAACCUUACAACUUUUAUUGAAAUUGGUAAUUUAAAUUGUUAUAAUGUUACUUUUAUAAAUUCAAAUCAAUUAAAUUGCAAUUUAAUUACAAAUAAUAUUUCACAACAUUUAAUAAGUAAUAAUUUAUAUUAUGUUAAUAUUUCAAUUUUUAGUGGCACAAAUAAUAAUUUAGAUUUAAUUAAAAAUAGUAGUACUUUAAUAUUUAAAUAUGAUAAUUUAUUAGGAAAUUCAAAUAGUAAUAAUAGUAAUAAUAAUAAUAAUGGUGAUGGUAGUCAUGGUGAUGAUGGUGGUGAUGGUGGGGGUGGUGAUGGUGAUGGUGAUGGUGAUGGUGGUUCCAGUAAAUUAAAAUGGUUAAUACCAACUAUUAUAUGUCCAGUUAUUUUUGUUGUAAUGGUUAUCUUUAUUGGGCCUGAACUAUUUAGAAGAUUCUAUACCUAUCCACCUCCAAAACCACCAUUACCUGAACCAGGUUUUCAAAGAAGACCUUAUGAUCCUCCGAAUUUAAAUAACAGAUUAUAUGAAAAUACCAUAACUCGAUAUGAUAAUGAUCCUGAUAAUCUACAAUUAUCAUUUGUUCCAAUUCAACCUUAA